GGCACAGUUGCUUUGCCUGCUGGAAGCGUUAAAUACAAUCUAUUGGGGCUGACUAUCUUGUCUUAUCUUCGUCCAGCUGUGUUACAACGUACCUUAGAAACAUUUUUCUUUCGUGGACUCUGGGGAUUUCUAUCAAGGGAUGUCAAAGCGAGUGCGAAGCAGAGAGGUCUGCGCUGAUUGCAGUGCUCCGGAGCCACGCUGGGCCUCUGUGAACAGGGGUGUGUUGAUAUGCGAUGAGUGCUGCAGCAUCCAUAGAGGUCUGGGGCGACACAGCUCUCAAGUACGACAUCUGACUCAUUCUCCGUGGCCACCCUCCCAGUUACAGAUGGUCCAGACACUGUAUGGCAAUGGAGCUAAUUCCAUAUGGGAGCACAGCCUUUUGGACCCUUCCUCCUCAGUGAGUGGGAAGCGCAAAGCAAACCCCCAGGACAGAGUUCACCCCAACAAGACAGAGUUCAUCAAGGCCAAAUAUCAAAUGUUGGCCUAUGUCCAUCGGAUGCCUUGUCGGGAGGAUGACAGUGUAACCGCAAAAGACCUCAGCAAGCAACUCCAUUCCAGUGUUCGGACGGGAAACCUGGAGACCUGCCUCAGACUCUUAUCUUUGGGAGCACAGGCCAAUUUCUUCCAUCCAGAGAAGGGAAACACCCCACUACACAUAGCAGCAAAAGCAGGUCAGAUGUUACAAGCAGAACUGCUGGCAGUUUAUGGAGCUGAUCCCGGGGCUCUGGACUCCAGUGGAAAGACCCCUAUUGAUUAUGCAAGACAAGCCGGGCACCAGGAGCUGGCAGAGAGGCUAGUGGAGAUCCAAUAUGAACUCACUGAUCGGUUAACAUUUUACCUUUGUGGUAGAAGACCAGAUCACAGAAACGGGCAACACUUCAUCAUUCCACAGAUGGCUGACAGCAGUCUGGAUCUGUCAGAGUUUGCCAAAGCUGCAAAGAAGAAGCUGCAGUCGCUAAGUAACCAUCAGUUUGAAGAACUUGCCAUGGAUGUUUAUGAUGAAGUUGACAGAAGAGAAACAGAUGCUGUGUGGUUGGCCACUCAGAACCACAGCACACUUGUAACCGACACCACAGUUGUACCUUUUCUGCCUGUCAAUCCAGAGUACUCGUCUACCAGAAACCAGGGUCGUCAAAAAUUAGCAAGGUUUAGUGCUCAUGAAUUUGCUACCUUGGUGAUCGAUAUUCUAACUGAUGCGAAACGACGGCAGUGGGGUAAUUCCUGCGACAGUCCCAAAGAGAAUGUGGAGCUGAUCCUUCAGGGAAUAGACAGUCGCCAUAACAGUGAGAGCCAGGACAAUGACCAGCCAGAUUACGACAGUGUGGCAUCAGAUGAAGAUCCAGUCCAGGAGGCCACUUGUGGGGACAGCUGCAAUGAUGGAAGGACCAAGAGCUCAGAGUCAUCUGACCUUUCUGAUGGACCAAUCACAGUGCAGGAGUAUAUGGAGGUGAAGAGUGCCCUCACUGCAUCAGAGGCCAAAAUACAACAGCUUCUCAAAGUCAACUGUCACCUGAGUGAAGAGCUGCGAGUGAUGCAGAGCAAGCUGAACUCCCUGCAGACUGAAAACACAUCUCUGCGAUGGCAGACCCCCAGCGGACAGCAACACCUCCAGGGGCCCUUUGGUAGACACCCACCACGCGGGGGUCGUGCCAUGUCCAUGUAUGAGACAGGCUCUACUCCGAGGCAGUACCCCCACCGAGCCGAGACAGCCCGGCAUGAGGAUGGAGUCAUUUUACAACCCUUCCCAACCAAUAUUGGGAGGGGUCCUUUGGGGACGGCUGCUUCCUCCCUCCCUACCUUCCCCUCUUCCCUGUCCUGGUCGUGGGACGAGAGAUCUCGAAGGGGCUGUAGUUUGGAAGGACGGAGCACCAUGUUGGAAAAUGAUUGCGACACUACGCCUAAUCACUCUGAACUGGAGGAGACUGGCAGCCCUCUUCCAUCCUCUGAUGGUGUGGAACCAGAGGAGGGUGAGGAAGAUGCCACGCUGCCAUGCACAGAGGACGUCAUCUGCAAGACGGAGCAGAUCACUAAGAACAUACAAGAGCUUCUGAGAGCUGCCCAGGAGACCAAACAUGAAAGCUUUCUGCCUUGCUCUGAAAAGAUCUGCAUGGCUGUGACAGAGAUGGCCGCCCUGUUUCCCAAGAGGCCGUCCUCAGAGACUGUGCGAGGGUCUCUGUGUCUGCUCACGUCGAGUGCCAGCCGACUGCAUGGAGAGUGCCAGAAGGCUGCAGAUCACAACCCCUGCCCAUCAGACAUCCAGCUGGUAACUCAGCAGGUCAUCCAGUGCGCCUAUGACAUUGCCAAAGCUGCCAAGCAACUUGUCACUGUGACAACCAAAGAAAAUAACAACUAACUAAAACCCAAAGACAUUUCUGAUACACCCAAAAUACAGUUUAUCAACGAUGUUGCUAAUUAAUCAUUUAACACCAUGUUUUGUUUUCCCAUAUUAAUCAGUGUAAGCAUUUACAUACAUUCCUUGACAUGGGAAAAUCUGAAAAAAAGAUAUACCAUACAAAAUUAUAGAUCAUUCAAAAGCUUUAUUUAUUUAGUUGUUUUGUGCCAUGGUAUCAUGGAGUAAACAAACAUCUUAAAAGAUAUAGGACAGAAUUAGUUACAAUUCUCAGAUCAGAUUAAUCCACACAAUUUCCAAAAGUGCAAUGUUGUGUGUGUGUAUAUAUAAAACAAUCAGAACAACAAGCAGUUGAGCCUUCUACAUUGUACUUUUGUUCUUAGUACUUUAGUGGACACCAGAGGUCAUCGAUUGUGCUCCUUGAGUCUUGUUUCUGUCAUGGCUGAGCUGCCAGAAAGGACCAAUUGUCUGCAAGACACUGGCCAUCAAGGAUCAGAAUAUAUGAACCUUAAUCUAAUCCAGUGACAUUGGUUUAUUUUACUUAAGCCAUUUUAAAUGUUUGUUUGUUUGUUUUUUUGUAAGAUCCAAUGAUAGUAUUUUAAUCUUGAAUCAUCGUGAUGCCACUUGCUUAGAGUUCAAAUGUUUGUUUCGUAAGCAAACUGUGAUUAGAAAAAAACAGCUUCAGUGCAUUGAGCACCAUGCAAGGCCAGCAGUACCAAGAGUGUGCAAACUUUCAUUCCAUCCAGUCCCUCCGCGCUGGUUAAAGAUGUGUUUAUAAGCAAGGAGGUUUCUGUAGUUUUUGGAGUUCUGUUACAGCCAUACUUCUGAUGUGUGUGUGUGUGUGUGCGUGCGUGCGUGCGUGCG